GGGCAUGUUUAUAGUCUGAAAGUGUUCUACCGUCCUUCUAAAACACCGUAUUCAAUUCCUAGGGUUCCCGCACGAAAAGAAUGGUGGUUUCAAGCGGUGGUCGAGGUUUCCGUGGCGGCGGAGGGGGGCAUUACUCCUCAUCUCGUUCCAAAAGUGAUUCUUUUGUAAGAUAUGCUGCAGCUGGAAAGGGAUUUAGCUUUGGGUCUGAUUUUUCCUCAAAAUUGUCAAGUAACGAGCUUGAAAGUAAAGUUUUUCAUUGCGAGGGCCUCAUAGAGUUUUAUGAAAGGUGUAAGUUUUUACACCGGAGAGGUUUGAGAAAUCGUUCCUGCGAGUAUCCUCUAGAACGCCUUGAAAAAGAUUGUGCUGAAUUCAAGUCUUUUUGGGGUGAAUGGUGGUCACGUGAGCUGAAGAAAGACUUUUGCGAGAGAACAGUAAGCGAAUACCAAAUGAUGGUGAAUGGAUUGCCUCGUGACCAUCCUGCCGAGAAAUUGAAUGAACUUGUCAGAACUACCAGUAUGAUAGAGAAAUACCGUGUACUCCUCAAAGAGAUGUGUGGCAUUGGGAUUGAAGCGGCUGAUUAAGUUAUACUCCGUACCUCUGUAGUAUUAUAUGUGCUUCGCACGGAAAUGCACCAAUUACAUAUAUAAUAAUGUUAUCAUUAUUUUACCAUCUUCCCUC